UCGCGAGGGAUGAGGCCGAUCUUUUGCGGCAACUUUGAGUUCGAGACUCGACAAUCGGACUUGGAGCGUUUGUUCUCCAAAUACGGAAGAAUUGAACGUAUUGACAUGAAAUCAGAUUUCUCUCACACACUGAUGGAAAUGUUCAACAUCACUUCCACUUUCCUUGCCAUCUCACCAGAUUGGUAAUGGUUGAGAUGGGUUCAUGAUGCCAUGCUACCACAAUAAUGAUAGGGGAUCAAUGUGUCUGUUCAUCAUGCCAUGCCAACCACACUAAUCAUAAGGCGGUCAAUGAGUUGUAUCAUCACAUGUCUCCAUUUACUGAACAUCGCUGUGAAAUUGGUGAAACCAUGCUUAGCAAUGACUGCUCAACUUCCCAUGGCUCUAACCUUAGUUAGCCUUCAUCAUCACUCACCCUUCUUUAAUUCGUCAUGCAAGGCCUCUACCUCCUAACUUUCAUCAGAACAUUCCCAUGUUUGCAGGCUUUGCUUUUAUCUACUUUGAGGAUGAACGUGAUGCAAGAGAUGCCAUCCGUGGUCUUGAUGACGUACCGUUUGGGCAUGACAGACGCAGAUUAUCAGUUGAAUGGGCCAGGGGUGAGCGCGGUAGCCAUCGUGGUGGUUCGGGAUCAAACCCGAGACCAACUAAAACCCUUUUUGUGAUAAACUUUGAUCCUAUUCGUACUCGAGAUCAUGACAUAGAAAGACACUUUGAGCGUUAUGGGAAGGUUCUUAAUGUACGUAUACGUCGGAAUUUUGCUUUUGUGCAAUUUGAAACUCAGGAAGAUGCCACAAAAGCUCUGGAGUGCACCCAUAUGAGUAAGAUAUUCGAUCGAGUUGUUUCUGUCGAGUAUGCUUUAAGAGAUGAUGAUGAAAGGGGUGGCAGACCUGGUAGCCCCAGAGGAGAUGAUGGAAGGCGUGGAUAUGGUGCUUCCUUGAGGUCACCCAGUCCAGCACACCGCCGUCUUCGAGCAAGUCCUGAUUAUGGGUUGGCUCGAGGCGCAGAUUAUGAUAGGUACAAUGGUUCUUCAUAUCCAAGGGCCAGGAGUCCUGAACGUGCGCGAUACCGAAGGUCACCCGUGCGAAGGUCGAGACCUUGAUGAGGAAGCAGUAAGCGGCGGUAGAAUUUGAUGAAAUAUACUGUACUAUAGUAGUGUCAUGUGAUAGCAUGUGGAUGAAUGUAUCAACACGUUUUGUAACUUGAAUAUUGCAUUCUGUUGGUUUCAUGAAUGGUUGUUUGUCUAAUUGAGUGUUUCUCUUUGGGCA